AAACUACAGUAGUUAAAAAAGUUCGUUGAAACGAUACAUCGAAAGACAUUGUCCAAAUUGCCACACGAACCGGUGGACAGACUUUGAUCGGACUGGAGCAACACCUAUCUGAUCUGAACAUUGUUCGAACGCUUCUAUGUUUCUUCACUUGUUCAGCUGAUAUUCCAUUCCGAUCUCGAAGAAAUGGCUCCGACACGGCCUGAUUUGAACUGAAAUGCAGUCUAACUCGCUGCCUUUCCCUCUGAUUCCACUUGCGUUGUUCAAUGGUGUUGAAUUGAGCGAAGGCGGGUUUGAGCUUUCCAGGUAUUUGUUUUUGGGUUCCCUGCUUUUUUCACCACCUGGUGGCGGUGCUGGAGGCAUGGACUUGUCUAAGGUGGGAGAGAAGAUCCUGAGUUCCGUUCGCUCAGCCCGAUCCCUUGGCCUUCUCCCUGCUUCUCCUUUAGAGCGCCCUGAGGUCCCACCACAGGCAGCAGCGGCAGCUGCUGUUGCACGUGUUCUUGCUGGACUACCUCCACAUCAAAGGCAUAAUAUUUCAUCAAGUUCUGAAGAAUUAAGCUCAAUAUAUGGCAGCGUAUCUCCCAGUAAAGUGUUAGAUGACCUUGAGGAUUGUUUUUAUGAAGAGGAUUUUGAUCCAGUAAGACAUGUUCUCGAGCAUAUUCCAACUGAUGAUAAUGAACUGAUAUAUUUUGAAGAAAAGGCUGCUUUUAGAUUAGAACAGCUCGAUAGAAUUGCUGAACGCCUUUCACGCCAUGUUAUGGAGCAUCAUGAAGUCAUGGUGAAAGGAAUGAAUCUUGUCAGGGAAUUGGAAAGAGACUUGAAGGUUGCAAAUGUUAUUUGCAUGAACGGGCGGAGACACCUUACCUCAUCAAGGAAUGAAAUAUCAAGGGAUCUUGUCGUGCAUCGAAAUUCUAAAAAGAAACAAGCACUAUUGGAUAUGCUUCCAAUCUUAACAGAGCUCCGUCAUGCCAUAGACAUGCAAGCCACCCUAGAAACUCUAGUGGACGAAGGGAACUUCUCUAAGGCAUUCCAAGUACUAUCUGAGUAUUUGCAAAUUCUGGACAGUUUGUCACAACUCUCAGCUGUACAAGAAAUGAGCCAUGGUGUUGAGGUUUGGUUGGGGAAGACACUUCAAAAGUUGGAUGCUCUUUUAUUAGGAGUAUGCCAGGAUUUCAAAGAGGAGAGCUAUAUAACUGUGGUUGAUGCUUAUGCUCUAAUUGGGGAUGUUUCUGGUCUUGCUGAAAAAAUACAAAGUUUCUUCAUGCAGGAGGUUCUCUCUGAAACACAUAUAGUUCUGAAGACUAUUGUGCAAAAGGACUUCGAAAGUACUAAUGAGCAAGGCGAAAGGCUCACAUACAGUGAUCUGUGCAUUCAGAUGCCCGAAUCCAAAUUUAGGCAGUGUUUGUUGGCAACCCUAGCUGUACUAUUUAAGUUAAUGUGUUCGUAUCAUGCAAUCUUGAGCUUCCAGCCCGGGGAUGAGGUCCCCGCUUGCCAAACCCUUGCUAUGCAUGACAAGCAGGGUGAUGGUUUGUUUCAUGAACCAAUAGGCAGGUCUCAAGUUUUAUCCUCCACUGAAGAGACACCAGCAACUUGUGUAUCUUUGACAGAUAAUACUGCUGCUUAUAGUCCAGUUAUGGAUAAUGGUGGAGAAGUAAGGGACGGUGGAAAGACAGCAUCAAGCAGCGGAUCCCCCUGGUUUCAGCUGCGUAAGGAUGCCACGACCUUCGUUUCACAAACCUUACAUAGAGGUCGGAGGAAUCUCUGGCAGCUUACAACAAGCCGUGCCGCAGUGUUACUUUCGUCUCCUGUUGUGUGUUCUACCAGUAUUCAUCAGUUUAUAACAAUGUAUGAAGAUCUCAAUCUUUUCAUCUUGGCUGGGGAAGCUUUCUGUGGGAGUGAAGCCGUUGAGUUCAGGCAGAAAGUGAAAUUUGUGUGUGAGAGUUAUUUUGUUUCUUUUCAUCGGCAAAACAUAUAUGCAAUGAAAUUGGUGUUGGAAAAGGAGAAUUGGCUGCUAUUGCCACCUGAAGUAACACAAGUAGUAAGUUUUGCAGGUCUCAUUGGUGAUGGGGCUGCCUUGAUUGCUUUGACUAGAAACUCUCCCAGUAGUCGAUUGGGGCAUGCACACAAGUCAAAAGAUCUUACCCUAUCUGACGCUAAGAGUGGUUUUUCUAAUUGGAUGGAGAAUGAAAACCCCUUUCUGAUGAAAUUGAACUGUAGUUCAAAGGAGUAUAUAGAUUCUUGUUCUGCUGGAUCACCAUCUUCUAGAGAAGUUGGAAGCUCUAAUGGGAGUUCAUUCAAUCCGAGUUCUAGUCGAGAAAAUCUUGAUGAGAAUCAAGUGAAUGGAAAUGCUUCUCUAUCAGAAGAUGAAAAUGACGAUCUUCAUGCUGAUUUUAUUGAUGAAGAUAGUCAACUUCCAAGCCGGAUUUCCAAACCUAGUCGUUCACGACAUCAUUCAUCACUCUCAAAUGAUGAAGAAAUGACAGCACAUACAGGAUCAUCUCUAACUCUACUAAGAUUACUGGAUAAAUAUGCGAGGCUAAUGCAGAAGCUUGACUUUGUAAAUGUUGAAUUUUUCAAGGGGAUUUGCCAAUUGUUCGGGAUUUUUUUUAAUUUUGUAUUUGAGUGCUUUGUUAAUCAGAGCUCUCUUCCAAGUGGAAAAGUCUCUACAGACAUGCUUCCUUAUAGGUUAAAGGCGGCAUUAUCAAGAAUAACACAGGAUUGUGACAAUUGGAUGAAACCGCACUCUGCUCCAUUUAAUUUGUCUUCUCCCACAACUUCAAACACACCAUUCACUCAUAUGGAUGUCACUCCUACAAGCCCACCCACUUUGUUAGCUGGUACUUCUUUCAGUCUCAAGGAAAGAUGUGCAGGUGCUGACACUAUAUCUCUUGUUGCUCGAUUGUUACAUAGAUCUAAAGCUCAUCUGCAAUCAAUGCUUCUGAAUAAUAAUUCAGCUACUGUUGAAGAUUUCUAUGUGCAUUUGGUGGAUGCUGUACCAGACCUUGUAGAACAUAUUCACAGAACAACCACAAGAUUAUUUCUCCACAUAAAUGGGUAUGUUGAUAAAAUUGCAAAUGCUAAAUGGGAGUUGAAAGAUCUUGGGUUAGAGCACAAUGGAUAUGUUGAUUUAUUGUUGGGAGAGUUCAAACACUACAAAACUAGGCUUGUUACGGGAGGAAUUCAAAAGGAGGCUCAGGACCUCCUCUUAGAAUAUGGACUAGAUAAUGUGGCUGAAACUCUUGUUGAAGGACUAUCAAGGGUGAGGAGAUGCACGGAUGAGGGUAGAGCUCUUAUGUCUCUAGAUCUGCAGGUAUUGAUCAACGGCCUAAAGCAUUUUGUUUCCAUAGAUGUGAGGCCAAAGCUACAGAUAGUUGAAACUUAUAUCAAGGCAUACUACCUUCCAGAAACCGAAUUUGUGCAUUGGUCACGUGCACAUCCAGAAUACAGUAAAGGUCAAGUGGUGAGUCUUGUCAACCUUGUUGCCACAAUGAAAGGUUGGAAAAGAAAAACCAGGUUUGAAGUGUUGGAAAAGAUUGAAUGAGCCGCCACCCACUCCAUACCCUGAACAUAAUGUGGAUUAUCAGUUUUGCAAUAGUAUUAUUUUUUCUUUGAAAAGCUUUGUAUAAUUUCUGUAAAUUGUUCUUGUUCAGAUCUUGCUAGGACGAUCAAAGUAUAAGGUGACUUUACCCUUCGCUUGUAUUAUAAUACCUCCUCCCUAGAAAAAGGCCUUUCUUAAGUCCAAUCUUCAACCACAAACGUACACUGAUGUAGUCUACACUGAUGUAGUCAUGUUGAGCUGUGAGACUGGUGUAAUAUAUUCUUACCACUCAAUAAUUCAAUAUGUUAUUAUCCAAUCUCUACAAACAACUCAAUAACAAUGGACAGAGGAAAAAAAGAACUCAUGUAAUUAGAAUCAAG